ACUAGAGUGAACUAACUGUUUCGAAUAGCAAAAAAACUGUGACUAAACUAACAAUCCAAGUGCUACAGAUACAGCACUAAAACACAAUGGAAUUGGAACAUUUACAUGAAUUAAAACACGAACUCGAUAUAUACGAAGAUCAACUAGAUAAAGUCGAUAUUGCAGAUUUGUUUAAACACGAUUCUGAGGAAACUAUGUAUUUUGAAGAUAACCAUGUCCAAAUUGAGAGUUACCAGACACAUUUAGGACAACCCACUGAUAAUCUGAAAGAUGUUCCAAAUCAUACAGAUUAUCAGGCAAUACUUACUGACAAUGUGAAAAUUGAUCACAACUUAGUUGCAGAAGGAACUGAGAAAGGUUUUCCUUCUUCGGUUUUUCAGAAAGAUGAUAUAGACAGUGAUAUGCUGCAACAUCCAACGGGGAAAUCACUCCAACACCAUAACAAAAGUGCCAAUAUUUCAACAAAAAUGUUUGUUGAGAACAAUCAGUUAAUUCAAAAUAUGGAUUCCGCGGAAAAGCAGAUUAUUGCUAAAAACAACAACAGAAACAUAAAUUUGUCCUUUGAAAAGUCGUUUUCAUGUAAUGUUUGUUCAAUUAAAUUUACUCUCAAAAGUAGCUUGAGAAAACAUUCACUUACUCAUGCUGAAGAAACACCUUUUGAGUGCGAUAUUUGUCAUAAAAGAUUCAGCCAAAAUUCCCAAUGUCUUGCACAUAGACAAACACAUACAAAAGAGGAACCCUUCAGAUGUAGUAUUUGCUUUAAGUACUUUAAGGGAGAAUCUGUCUUAAACGGACAUAUGAAAUUGCACACUGGCUCCAGUAUUUUAACAGAAAGCGACCGAUCUAACCAACAAGACGACCUCCAUGAUGAAGAUAAUAGUUUAGAAUCGAUAAUGUCUGAGAACAGUUCAAAUAUAUCCACAGAUAAUGAUGAAUUAACACAUAGUAUACUUAAUAUUGAAGAAAACCAUAUGCAACAAACCAAAUUUGAUAAUCAUCUUAAAGAAAAACCCAACCAACGUACGUUUGUGCAUAGUAAAGAAACAGACAAACUAUUUCAAUGCAAAAUUUGCUAUAAGCGUUUCUCAGUAAUAACCAAUCUAACACGUCAUAUAUUUAGGCAUGCAGACUUAGCUAGAUUUAAGAACCGCAUACAAAAACGCACUGCAGAACAACAAUUAAGGUGUCAUAUAUGCUUUGUGCAAUUCACAUUUAAAGAUAGCCUCAGAAAUCAUUUACUUAGGCACGUUGGAGAAAAACCUUUUGAGUGUAAUAUUUGUCGUAAACUGUUUUUUCAAAAUAAUAAUUGUAUUGUACAUAGACGUACACAUAUAAACGGGAAAUCUUUAGAAAAGAAAUCACUUGAUAUUUAUUCCAAUAUGCCUACAGAAAUUGAUCAGUCAAUGGAAAAUGUGCCUUUAAAUGCCGAAAAAGAAUCUUUGCAAAAUGUUACAUCAGAUCAUCUUUCUAAUGUUUCAAAAGUAGAUUCUUUCCAAUGCAAAUUUUGUUUCAAACAGUUCUCACUACAAGCAAAUUUAAAACGUCAUAUGCUCACGCACUUGGGAAUAAAACCCUUUAAAUGCGUUAUAUGUUUAAAGACAUUUUCUUCUCAAAUCGCACUAACAGAACAUGAGCGCAUACAUUCUGGAGAAAAACCCUAUAAAUGUGAAUUGUGUGAAAAGGAAUUUAUAUCAAAGUAUAUCUUCAAGAAACAUAUGAGAUUUCACACAGGCGAAAAACUUAUAAAGUGUGAUUAUUGUCCCCAACAGUUUACAAAUAACACAAGUUUGAAGAGACACAUAGUAAGCCACACUAGAGAAAGACCAUUUCAAUGUAUUAUUUGUUUUAAGAAAUACUCAAACAAAGGAAACCUGGACAGACAUAUGCGCUGUCACACUGGAGAAAAUCGUCAAUUUAAAUGCACUAUAUGUUUAAAGACAUUUUCUUCACAAAUCACACUUACAGACCAUGAGCGCAUACAUUCUGGACAAAAACCCUAUAAAUGUGAAUUGUGCCAAAGGGAAUUUAGAUCAACGAAUUGCUUCAACAAACAUAUGAGACUCCACACAGACGAAAAACUUAUAAAGUGUGAUUAUUGUCCCAGACAGUUUAUAGAUAACACUAGUUUGCAGUUGCACAUACUAAGCCACACUGGAGAAAGACCAUUCCAGUGUGUUGUUUGUUUCAAAAAGUUUUCAAGAAAAUACAGCCUGAACAAACAUAAUAUGCGUUCCCACACUGGAGAAAAUCCUCGAUUUAAAUGCAUUAUAUGUUUAAAGACAUUUUCUUCUCAAAUCACACUAACAGACCAUGAGCGCAUACAUUCUGGAAAAAAACCCUAUAAAUGUGAAUUGUGUCAAAAGGAAUUUAGAUCAAAGAACCCCUUCAACAAACAUGUGAGAUUGCACACCGGGGAAAAUCUUAUAAAGUGUGAUUAUUGUCCCCAACAGUUUACAAAUAACACAAGUUUGAAGAGACACGUAGUAAGCCACACUAGAGAAAGACCAUUUCAAUGUAUUAUUUGUUUUAAGAAAUACUCAAACAAAGGAAACCUGGACAGACAUAUGCGCUGUCACACUGGAGAAAAUCGUCAAUUUAAAUGCACUAUAUGUUUAAAGACAUUUUCUUCACAAAUCACACUUACAGACCAUGAGCGCAUACAUUCUAGACAAAAACCCUAUAAAUGUGAAUUGUGCCAAAGGGAAUUUAGAUCAACGAAUUGCUUCAACAAACAUAUGAGACUCCACACAGACGAAAAACUUAUAAAGUGUGAUUAUUGUCCCAAACAGUUUACAGCUAACAGUGAAUUUCAGAAACACGUAGUAAGCCAUACUGGAGCAGGACCAUUUCAGUGUGUUGUUUGUUUCAAGAAGUUUGGAACCAAAUCAAACCUGGACGAACAUAGACGUUUCCAGUGCUGUAUUUCCCAUUACGCCAAAUACGCAAAGGCGUCAGGCGGCAAAACAUAAAAGGCGGCGAAGAUGUACAGCUUCAAUACUAAAUCAAAUAGAAUGCAUAGUGAAAACACAGCCGACGAAGUCCAAUGGAACAAGGUGGUCUGCUCGCCAUGAUGCUGUAGUGAGCGUAUGCUCAGAGUUGGAGCGAAUAUUUAAAUCUUUGACAGUAACUGAGCGAUUAAUCUCUGAAAAACCAACGGUUCGCGGAAGCAACUGGAAUAAAACGUGGCUUAAACCGAUUCGAAUGUGCCUUUAUGACGGUUUUCUAGAAGUAAUCUUAGAGCGUUUCGAUAAGACCAAUAAAAUACUUCAAAGCGUUGAUACCAACACUGAAGGCACAACUACCCUUUUUUUUAUCUUUGAUCAAUUUUGUAAAAUCUUUACGAAAUGCUGAAACCUUUGAAAAAAGCAAAAACACUAUGGACGAAAAUUACGAUAGUCGACAACGAAAUCUUAUACCCGCUUUACACCAACAAUAAAUUAAACAAGAAAUUGACCAAUUUAUUCAAGGCCAAAUUUGACGUGUUCAAAAAACAACAAUUUGACAUUAAAUUUUGUUCGUUAUUAACUUCACAUCAUUGUCAAAUAACUGUCAAACUGCCAAUACGUGUUUUUCAGUUCUUUCGCAUUUUAAAGUUUAAUUUCAAGUGUUGUCUGAUCUUUUUAAUAGAGUAGACACAUUUUGCAGCUGUAUAGUGGUGACAACAUAUUAUAUUUGGUGGUAUGUCGGUUAGAAAGGAGAUUGAUGACCCGGGUGGAACAAUAAUUGAGGACAUUUCUGGUGAGUCUGUUCCAAUUAAAAAUAAUUAUGAAGACGAUAUUUCUAGUGCUGAGAAACUACAUUAUGACAAAAAUAUUCGUUACCGAUUAAGUGAUUCAGGACCAUUUAUUAUUUAUAUUGAGUCUACCGACAAGAACAUUGGAAAAUUACAUGCUAUCAGAGUUUGACAUUAUUUACAUUUAAAUAAUUUCAAAAGUAGCAUUGCUGAAAUCAAAUCUAUUGGUAGGAAUAAAAUUAAAGUAGUUUUGAAUAAUGCUUCAUCUGCCAACAAUAUUGUAAGUAGCGACUUUUUAGAAGUCAACAAUUUAAUUGCUUAUUUCCCACAGUUCUUUGUGGAACGUCGUGGUUUAAUAUGCUCAGUUGAUACAGAAUUUACAGAAAUAUAUCUAUUAGAAAAACUUAAAGCUGAGAAUCCAGAUAGUAAUAUUAAACAAAUAAAACGACUAAAGCGUAGAAUCACAACAGAAACAAAUGAUAUUAAACUAGUAGCUAGGCAACUUGUAUGUAUAACAUUUAUUGGAUCUUCUUUACCAAAAGAAGUUAUAAUCAAUAGUUGUAUUUUUCUGGUGGAACCGUACAUAUAUCCCGUUAUACAAUGUGAAAGAUGCUUAAGGUACGGACAUAUGACACAACAAUGUAAAGGGAAGGAGCGCUGUAAAAACUGUGGUGAAAACCAUAGUAAUACGGAUUGUUCUAUGGUAACCAAAUGUUUACAUUGUAAUCAGCAACAUUCAGCAUUGUCAAGAGAGUGUCCAGAAUAUAGUAAACAACGAAAAAUUAAGGAAAUUAUGGCAACAAAAAAUAUAUCGUUUCAGGAAGCUGAAAAAGUUCAUAGUAAUCCAAAUUAUUAUUCAAACGUGUUGACUAGUAAUAAAUUCUCGUUGUUGGCUAAUGAUUCUAGCAGUUUUCCUCCACUACCUUCUAGAAAUGUCAAUUUACCGUCAGUAUGCAGUAUCUCUAAACCGAGAGUUGUGAGAAGAAAUUCCAUAUCUAGUAACACCUCCGAAUCGUUAAAAAAGAAGAAGACUGAAUGAGAGCGAAAAUAUUGAUAAUGAAAAAGUUGAAAAGAAUAUGGCCAGUUCGUCAAUCUUACCAAACCCUUAUAGGGAUGAGUUUAUGAUGCAUAAAGAAAAAAUAGUUGAAGGCAUUUCUAAUAUAAUAUUCAGCUUUCUUUCCGAUGUAUCGAAUUGGAAGGACAGUUUUCAUAAUGAUCCAAAUUUAAUUAAAAAGCAAAUUUCAAAGUUAUUAGAAAAUGUAUCCACAUCUAAUGGCACAUAAUAGUUUAAAGAAUUUAAAUUUGAUACAAUGGAAUAGUCGUUCUACUGUAUCUAAUGCACAAGCUUUUAAACAAUUUUUGUAUUCUAAUGAUAUUGACAUUGCAAUUUUAUCGGAAACAUGUUAUAAGACAAAUCACAACAUUAUUUAUAGAGGAUACCAAGUUAUUAGAAAAGAUCGCCAAGGUCGCAGAUUUGGAGGUGUAGCUAUAUUUUUAGGCCUACGGAUACAUACUUAUAAAAUAUUGGAUGUUAUAAAUGUUGGUACGUUAGAAAUUUGUGGUGUAAAAAUUGAUUUUAAUGGCAGAUUAAUUAAUAUAAUUUCGUUGUAUAAAUCUGAUAAAAAUCUAAGCAUCCGGGAAUGGGAACGUCUUUUUAAUUGGUGUUGCUCACUUGAAAGAGAGACGAUACUGGGAGGCGACUUCAAUGCCCAUCAUGCGGUAUGGGGUUCUCCAAAAAAUGACAUUGAUGGCAAUAGAAUAAUUGAAGCACUAGCUGAUAUGAACUUAAUAAUUCUAAAUGAUGGUACAGCAACCCGAAUUAUUCCACCAAGCUCCACAAAAUCAGCUGUAGACUUAACGUUAGUAACUCCUGGAUUAGCUGCAAUAGCUCAUUGGCAAACGUUGGAUAGAACUCUUGGAUCUGAUCAUUACAUUAUUUCCAUCAAAUUAAAUAUUGAUGUACCUUCUACCAUUGUCUAUCCAACAAGGAAAUGGAGAUUAAAGAAAGCCAACUGGGAAUUAUUUCAGAGUACUCUUGAAAUUGAAUUAAAGAAUGUUGUAUACUCUGAUAACUGUCAAGAAACGGCAGUUACUCUUAAUAGAGCAAUCAAUACAAGCGCCGAAGCUUCUAUUCCUGAAAACGUACCAUUCAUUCCUAAACAUAGACAAAAAUCGAUUUGGUGGGAUGAUGAAUGUGCCAAACAAUUACAGCUUAAGAAGGAUGCGCUUAAAUUAUACAAAACCUCAUCCACUCUGAGUAACUUUCUUGAAUAUAAAAAGAUAGAAGCUAUAACUAAAAAAAUGUUUAAACAGAAAGCCAGAAGUACAUGGAUUCAAUUUUGUUCCAAUCUUAACUCUAGCUGUCCAUCAACUCAAAUAUGGAAGAUGGUGAACAAAUUGAACAACAAAAAUACAAAUAUUAAACAUGCUCCCUCUUCAGUUGCAGAAGAUAUUCUACAGAAGCUAUGUCCACCUUUUGUUGACAAACAUAUACCUCACUCAGGAGCACCUUCAGAAGAACAUUAUUUACUAAAGGAAAUAACAGCAUCCGAACUGGAAUAUGCCAUUAAGAUAUCCAAAAACACAGCCCCAGGUCCAGAUCAUAUUUCGUAUAUUAUGUUACAAAAAAUGGGUACGCUGGCUAAAAGAUUACUAUUGCAUAUUUAUAAUUGUAUCUUGAAAACUGGAAUAUUUCCUUACAAAUUUAAUGAUUGCUUUGUUAUAUUAAUUCUGAAACCGGAAAAAAUAAAGAUCAUCCGGAUUCAUAUCGACCAAUUACAUUGUUGUCAUGCAUUUUCAAAACAUUCGAAAGAAUUCUAAAAUUGAGAAUGAAAACUUGUUAAGGAGGCAUAGUAUACUAAAAGCAACACAAUUUGGCUAUAAACAAGGGUGUGGUACGAUGGAUGCAGUAGUACGUCUGACUACAGAUGUUCAAAUUGGUUUUUCCAAUUCUAUGACCACAGGUGCAUUGUUUAUCGAUAUAAAAAGUGCUUAUGACAAUAUUGAUUUGAAUAUACUCUGUGAUAAACUUGUAUUUCUUGGUGUUCCAAAAUGCAUGGCAUAUUUACUAUCAAAUUUAUAUAAAGACAGAAAUGUAUCCAUUCGAGUAGGUCAUAAUAUCAUAGGACCAAUGAUUACAUCAAAGGGUAUUCCACAGGGAGCUGUUCUAAGUCCACUUCUUUUUAAUAUGAUUUGCACAAUUUAUGGUCUCCCAAUAUUGUCUGUUUACAGUAUGCUGAUGAUAUUGUCAUCUAUUCACAGAAGAAAACAUAUAUGGAAUGUACUACUGAACUGAAACAUAUAAUGUACAACCUUAAUAACUGGACUUGGUUAAAUGGCUUUAAUAUUUCGUACCAAAAGUGUGCCGUAGUAUUCUUUUCUAGAAAACACCCUAUUAGAGAUUGCACAGUAUGCUUACAGGGCAAUACUAUUCCAAUUGUUUCGGAAUUUAAAUACCUUGGUGUCAUACUUGACAGAAAACUUCUUUGGACUCAACAUAUUAACUACACAAUUAGUCGCUGCGAAAAAGGUAUUAAUUUACUUAAAAUGCUUUGUAAGAGAUCGUGGGGUGCAGAUCAAACUACUGGAUUGACUUUUUAUCGAGCCUAUAUUAGAUCUAUUAUAGAUUACGGGUGUUUGGUGUAUGGAUCAGCGAGCAUAAGUAAUUUACGUAAACUUGAUAGAAUCCAAUUGAAAGCUUUGAAAAAUGUGUUAGGGUUGAUGAAAAGCACUCCAAAUGAAGCUACACUAGUUCUAGCAUCUGAAAACCCACUCCCAUUACGUAGAGAAUAUUUGGCAAGCAAAUAUUUCCUAAUCCAACAUUAUUGCUGCACGUAUAAUGCAAAAAUAAUUAGUCAAUUAAAUACAGCUGAUAAAACAUCUACACAUUUUGCAAAAAAGAAUUCUCCACUACUAGUGACAGCAUUUGUAACUUGCCAUGAACUUAAUUUAACAAACUCUCCUUGCUACCUUAUUUGGGAAUCAUUGGAUAUACCACACUUAACAAGCGUUCUAUCUACAAAUAUUAUUCCUAAAUACCAAACUAAAUUUUGUCAUAAUACUCUCAAGGAAAUCUUAAGUAAUUAUUCAGAUUACACCACGAUCUAUACAGAUGGGUCAAAAUCAGUAAACUGUACAACAAGUGCUUACUUUGUACCAAAAAUAAAUUUAAAAAAAGUAUUUACUCUAAAUAAUCAAUCCAGCAUCUUUUCCGCCGAAGCAUGUGCUAUAUAUAAAGCUCUUGAAUGGUGUUGUGAGAAACAAUGGAACAAAAUUGUUGUGUGCAGUGAUUCACUAUCAGUAUUAAAUGCAUUACAAAACUUUAGAGUCACAAUUAACAGCAAUAUAUUUAUAUUAAAAAUAUUGCAACAAUUACUAAAAUUAUCAGCUUCAACAUAUAGUGUUAAAUUUGUGUGGGUUAAGGGACAUUCAGACAUAUUAGGUAAUAGUAUUGCGGAUUCAAUAGCUAAAAAUCCACUAAAGUACCCUCAAAUAUUGAUUGAAGAACUUAACACAUGUGAUAUUUUUGCAUACGUUAAACAGCAUAUUAAAUGUAAAUGGGAUAGACGUUGGAUUCAGUUCGGUGAAAGUACAGGCACUAAUUUGUUUAAAUUACAACCAACAGUAGCUGUUAACCAAUUUUACAAAGUUGUUGCACUAAGUAGAAAUACAGUGUCGACCAUCCUAAGAUUAAAAGUAGAUCAUGGAUGUUUCCGGAAGCAUCUACAUAAAAUCGGAGUUCUCCCAACAGGCAGAUGUGACUGUGGAACUAGCAUAGCUAAUCUAAAUCAUAUAUUUUUUAACUGUCCCUUAAAUCUCAAUGCAAGUAUGUGGCUGCUACAAGAAUUGCUGAAAGCAGGUUUAAGUACUCCCCUAGACUUAAAUGUGCUAUUAAGUGUGGAUAACAUUAAAAUUUUUAAACUAAUUAUGACAUUUCUUCAAAAAAUUAAAUUAAAAGUGUGAAUGUAAAACUAAUCGUUUGAAUGAAUAGGUAUUUCUUUUGUAUUAUGUAAUGUAUGAAUGAGAUAUUUACUGUAAUUAAUUAUAUUAUUUUGUAACCUAUGUAUGUUUUUAGUUCUUACCGUAGUGAAAAAAAAAAUUAAUAUAGUUGUAUUUAUUAACAUAGUACGUAGGCAUUGUUAUUUGUAAGCUUUAUUUUUUUUAUUUUUUAUUUUUAAGUGUAUACUGGACAAUUUUAUACUUAUGAACGAAUAAUAAUUUUAUAUGUAGUUACGUGGCUAAAGGUUCUGAACCAAGGCCAGAAUAAAAUUAAAAAAAAACUUCACAUCAAUAAAUUCGUGAAUUUCUUGGAAGUCAAAGUUUCUUUGACUUCAAUAAAUUGAAGGAACUUUGAAUAAAUAAAGGGUUGUUUUCACGAAAAGUUAAUAGAAAGUGCCAAGUAGGUACCUACAACAAUGGUAUCGGGACGAUCUGGACGGUUCCGUGCUUUUCUCAGAAUUAUUAAGAGAAGACGUAAUUUCUGAAAAAAUUAGUCUAUUAAAUACGCUAUUAUAGAGGGUGUCCCGAAAAAAUUGGUUAUAACAUAAAUUAUACCAUACAUUCUGGUGUCAAAAAUAGUUCGAUUGAACCUAACUUGCCUUAGUACAAAUGUGCUCAUAAAAAGUUAUAGCCCUUUGAAGUUACAAAAUGAAAAUCGAUUUUUUUCAAUAUAUCGAAAACUCUCAGAGAUUUUUUAUUGAAAACGGACAUGUAUCAUUCUUAUGCUAUGGCAGGAACAUCUUAAAACAAAAUUAUAGUGAAAUUUGUCCACCCCAUAAAAAGUUUAUGGGGAUUUUGUUCCCUUAAACCCCCCAAACUUUUGUGUACGUUCCAAUUAAUUCAUUAUUGUGGUACCAUUAGUUAAACACGUUUUUAAAACUUUUUUGCCUCCUAGUAUUUUUUCGAUAAGCCAGUUUUUAUCGAGAUGCGGCUUCUUUUUCAAUAUAUUUACGUAAAAAUUUUAUGGGGGUUUUGUUCCUUUAAACCCCCCAAAUGUUUGUGUACGUUCCAAUUAAACUAUUAUUUUGGUACCAUUAGUUAAACAUAGUGUUUUUAAAAUGCAGCAGAUGAGUUAAAAGUUCGCGGCGUCGUUGUAAUAGUGGACAUAUCGGAAACUAAUUUUAUCAUACUGGUUACAUGGUUGCGUUUAGCCAUGUAAGGGUUUGUCAUCAUAUUCUUUAUCGCUCAAUGUACAUAUUGGCAUUAAAAACAAAAAAUCGAUAAUUUUUGAUAUAUCGGGUUUUGCCUUAGUACUACAGACAGGUCUCUAAUCGUACAUAACCAUAUACAAAUAUAUGGUGGAUUCGACAAAUAUUCAAAAUAUCUCGAUAAACACUGACUUAUCGAAAAAGUACUAGAGACAAAAAAGUUUUAAAAACAUUGUGUUUAACUAAUGGUGCCACAAUAAUAAUUUAAUUGGAACGUACACAAAAGUUUGGGGGGUUUAAGGGAACAAAACCCCCAUAAAAUUUGUAUGGGGUGGACAAAUUUCACUAUAAUUUUGUUUUAAGAUGUUCCUGCCAUAUGGCUAUUUUCAAUAAAAAAUCUCUGAGAGUUUUCGAUAUAUGAAAAAAAAUCGAUUUUCAUUUUGUAACUUCAAAGGGCUGUAACUUUUUUUGUGUGUACUAUUUUAUAUAGGUAAGUGAGGUUCAAUCAACCUAUUUUUGACCCCAGAAUCUGUGGUAUAAUUUAUGACCAAUCUUUUCGGGACACCCUGUAUAUUCGGGCUCAUAAUUUGGAAGCCGUUUUUCCUAACGUCUAAAUCGUCUUGCGCAUAUUUGUCUCCAUUGUUGUCACAGUUUGCUCGGCGGAGCGUCUCUUUUCAACACUUUAAACGGUUAAAAACGUACUUAAGAUCAACCAUGGAGCAAGACAGACUCAAUUCCUUGACAAUAGAAUCUGAUUUGACAACAACCUUAGAUUUUGAUACGAUUCUCAAAUCAUUUGCAUCCAUGAAAUCUCGACAAAAAGUAAUGUAAUUAUUAUACUGAUCUAAAAUACGUAUAUUUUUUGAAUAAAAAGCUAGUUUUGGA